ACAAGAACAGUGCAGGGGGACUUUUCAGUACAGGCACAAGUUCUACUGCAAUGCCAAUCUCUGCAGGUCUGGGACAACUCUGUGCCUGUGGUAGAUGCCAGGCCUGGGAAGUGUGUAGUGCUGUGUCCCUUCACAACACUCUGUUUCUAAGCAAGCUACACCUGUCACUCAGGAGUCACUAGCCAAUCUGGGCCUCCAGGAGGACAGAGAGUCAGAAUGGGGCGAGCGCUUCCGGUCAGCAUCCCCAGGCCUGAGGGAAUCUCUUGUUCCGUGAGCUGCGAUGUGACCCGCUGGAGGAGCUGUGAGGGGAGCGGCUGAGCUCUGCCUCCGCCAUGGAUGCAGUGACCUGUGAGGAUGUGCAUGUGAACUUCACCCAUGAAGAGUGGGCUUUGCUGGAUCCUUCCCAGAAGAGUCUCUACAAAGAUGUGAUGCUGGAAACCUACUGGAACCUCACUUGUAUAGGAUACAAAUGGGAAGACCACAAUAUUGAAGAACAUUAUCAAAUUUCAAGAAGACGUGGAAGGUAUGUCAUCUGUCACUCUGGAUACAAGCCAAGUGAGCAUAAUGGAAAUGGAAAGAAACACUGUACUUCUGUCUUUCUCAGAACAAUUGGAAGAUACGUAGUAGCUCCCAGUAUGAGAAGAUAUGAUGACUGUGAUACAAAUUUACAGUUAAUUGGGUUUCCAACUUCAGUGGGAAUUCAUCAACAAACUCAUAUUGGAGAAAAACCUUAUGAGUACAGGGAAUAUGGAAAUUUGACUGUCUGUUCUGGCUCACUGUGCACAUGUAGUGUAUCUCACAGUAUAAGAAAAUGUUAUGCAUGGAAUCAGUGUGGUAAAACUUUGAGUUCUCUUCAAAGACAUAAAAAAUCUCAUAUGGGAAGAGUAAGUAAUAAAUGUGAGCCAUCUACUAAAGGGUUUAGCCAUCACAGGUAUCUCCAGUCACACAAAGCAAGUAAUAAAGAGGAUCUUUAUGAAUGUAUUCAACAUGAUAUAGCCUUAACAUCUGAUUCCUCUGCAAAAGUACACCAAAGAACUCACUUGGAAGUAAAAUCCUGUGAAUAUAGUCAAAGUGAUCAAGGCUUUGUAUGUCAUAUUCUUCAUCAAGGUUGUAAAACUCAUAGGAGGGUCAAAAGGUAUGAAUAUCAUCAAUAUGAUAAAGCCUUUGUAUGUCCCAGUUAUCUUCAAAUACAUAAAAGAAGUCAUUCUGGAAAGGAACCCUAUGAAUGCAAUCACUGUGGUAAAGCCUUUGCUUAUAAAAGCCAUUUUCAAAUACAUGAAAGGAGUCAUACUGGAGAGAAACCCUAUGAAUGUAAUCACUGUGCUAAAGCCUUUGCAUCUAAAAGUGAUCUUCACAGGCAUGCAAGAAAUCAUACUGGAGAGAAACCCUAUGAAUGUAAUCACUGUGGUAAAGCCUUUGUAUGUAAAAGUGAUCUUCACAGGCAUUCAAGAAGUCACACUGGAGAGAAACCCUAUGAAUGCAAUCACUGUGGUAAAGCCUUUGCCUAUAAAAGCCAUUUUCAAAUACAUGAAAGGAGUCAUACUGGAGAGAAACCCUAUGGAUGUAAUCACUGUGGUAAAGCCUUUGCAUCUAAAAGUGAUCUUCGCAGGCAUGCAAGAAAUCAUACUGGAGAGAAACCCUAUGAAUGUAAUCAUUGUGCUAAAGCCUUUGUAUGUAAAAGUGAUCUUCACAGGCAUUCAAGAAGUCAUACUGGAGAGAAACCCUUUGAAUGUAGUCAAUGUGGUAAAGCCUUUGCAUGUAACAGUCAUCUUCAUGAGCAUGAAAGAAUUCAUACUGGAGAGAAACCCUUUGAAUGUAGUCAAUGUGGUAAAGCCUUUACACAGAAGAGUACUCUUCUCAGGCAUAAAGGAAUUCAUACUGGAGAGAAACCUUAUGAAUGUAGUCAAUGUGGUAAAGCCUUUGCAUGUAAAAGUGCUCUUCAGAGGCAUGAAAGAAGUCAUAGGGGAGAGAAACCCUAUGCAUGUAAUCAAUGUGGAAAAGCUUUUGUAUACAAAAGUCAUUUUCAGAGGCAUGAAAGAAGUCAUACUGGAUAGAAACCCUAUGGAUAUAAUCAAUGUGGUAGAGACAUUGCAUGUAACAAUCCCCUUCAAAUAAAUGAAAGAACUCAGACUGGAGAAAAUCCUAUGAAGAUAGUCAAUGUGUCAUGGAUGAGCACCUGUGUCAUCAUCAAGAGGGUAGCUGAAUUGAUGGCAGAAGAAGCAUAUUCCAGGGCGACUGGCAGGGCACCAGGAUGUCUGUCUCUUCAAGUCAGUGAGCUACACUAUAUGUGCAGAGUGAACCAGAAGAGAGAAAUGAAUUUCCAUAUUCCUGGUCCUCAUUUUCUCCAAUGAGAGUUUGUAGAUGAAUUCCCACUGAAGUUGGAACAUCAGUUAAUUGUAAACUUGUAUCACAGUCAUCAUGUAUUCUUACAGUGGGGACUACCACAUAUCUUCCAAUUGUUCUGAGAGAGACAGAACUACAAUGCUUCUUUCCAUAUCCCUUAUACUCACAUGCCUUGUAUCCAGAGUGACAGAUGACACACCUGGUAAAGGAAGAAACAAAUAAAGGGUUUCCACACUGCAUUCCCAUGGUCAAAUGUUUCUUGUGUGACA